CAGGAAGUGCUGUUUCCGAUUUUCAGAUGCAGGGUUUAAAUAUGUGUUUGUUCACAAAGAAGAAGACGACAAUCAGACAAAACAAGCUUGAUAAAUCGGCCUGUGCACCGUUUUCCUUCCAGAGCUACUGAAGACCAGCACGCUUCUAUGGUCUACGCCUGACCCAGGCUCUGUAAGCGACGCAACGUUUGCCAUUUCAACCCAGACCAACGCUGCCCACUUGCUGCUCUGCACCACCCAGGACAGCAGGUCCACCAGACCAACGCACCAUGGAAAACCAUACCGUGGACUUAGAUGACUUGCCACUGACAACAGAAUUCGACUAUGACAGUUCAGAGCCAUGCAUGGGAACUGAGGAAAAGCACUUUGCAGCAAAACUUUUGCCACCGCUUUAUUCUUUGGUGGUGAUAUUUGGCCUCACAGGCAACGUGCUCGUUAUCCUUAUCCUGGUAAAAUACAAGAAAUUGAAGAGUAUGACUGACAUCUACCUGCUCAAUUUGGCAGUUUCUGAUUUGCUGUUUGUAUUUUCUCUCCCUUUUUGGGCUUAUUAUGCUGUUCACGACUGGAUUUUUGGGGAGGCGCUGUGUAGACUUCUCUCAGGCAUCUACCUCCUUGGCUUCUACAGCGGGAUCUUUUUUAUAAUCCUGCUGACCCUAGACAGGUAUCUGGCCAUAGUGCAUGCAGUGUUUGCUUUAAAAGCUAGGACAGUUACCUAUGGCAUCCUGACCAGUGGUGUCACUUGGGCUGUUGCUAUUUCUGCUUCUGUUCCUGGGAUGGUAUUUCACAAAACUCAAAAGGAAAAUUCACGUUAUACUUGCAGUGCUCAUUAUCCAAAUGAUGCCAUAAUAAAUUGGAAGUACUCCUAUACUUUAAAGAUGAACAUUCUGGGACUUAUUGUUCCAAUGUUAAUUAUGAUUUACAGUUACUCACAAAUUCUAAAAACAUUAUUGAGAUGCAAGAAUGAGAAAAAACAGAAGGCAGUCAGACUUAUUUUUGUGAUUGUGAUUUUUUACUUCAUCUUCUGGACACCAUUCCAUAUUUCUUCUUUUUUGCACACAUUUCAAAGUUCACUUUUCAACACAAAUUGUGAAAUCAAAAGCAAACUGGAGAAAGCAAUCCAAGUGACAGAAACAAUAUCAAUGAUCCACUGUUGUAUCAAUCCUGUGAUCUAUGCAUUUGUUGGAGAAAAAUUUAGGAAAUACCUUCAGGACUUUUUCCGAAAGCAUGUUGCAGCCCACCUCUGCAAAAAAUGUCCAAAUCUUUAUCGUGAAAAAUUAGAAAGAGUUAGUUCCACAUUCACACCAUCCACUGCAGAGCAUGAUAUCUCUACUGGACUGUAAAAAUAAAUCAAAAUGUUAGUUAGUAAAUGUUGCAUCACUUGUUUUGCCUUAAGGACUGCCUGACAUUAUUUACAAGCUUCAUGUCAACCACUACUGAAAACUGUAUGACCCUCAGUUCUUGUGGUUAACUGUUCCCUGGGGCUACAAGAUUUUCCAUUCUCAAACUAAGAGAAUCAGUGAGUUCUUCAGGAAAUGUUAACACCGUAGCUGGAUCACAUCAAGAUUUGAAUGGGGGCCAGAAUAGUAUGAUUUUGUUUCUUGACCCAAGUUCUAUCCAAUGAACAAAUGUUAGUGAGAUUUACCUGGUGGGAAUAUAAUAUUAAAGAGCCUAAGGAGUAUGUCAUCUCUGAAGAGCCAUUUAUUGUUACGAGAACGUUUUAAGAUAAACACUGGGAGGAAGCUCUGACGAUUAUGUGCCUGUUUAGUAUUCAACAUUAAUGGAACACCUUUGGAAGUGACUGUAUUCUUUCUGCAACAUGGUCAGGCAUUUGAUAGGG